GUUCCUCCCCCUCCCCUCCUGGUGAGUGGUGCGGUCUGUUGGACGCUUCCAGAAGCCGGAGCGCGAGCCUCCCCCUCCCCCGCCCGGUGAAGAGGGAAGGUGGAGCUGGGACUGAUUGAGGUGCGAUCGACAACAUGUCUGCAAUGGGGACCCUCGCUUUUGAUGAAUAUGGCCGACCUUUCAUCAUCAUCAAGGACCAGGAGACCAAGACUCGAUUAAUCGGGCUGGAGGCCCUGAAGUCGCACAUUAUGGCAGCAAAAGCAGUAUCAAAUACACUGAGGACAUCUCUGGGACCAAAGGGGCUUGACAAAAUGAUGGUGGACAAGGAUGGAGAAGUGACAAUCACCAAUGAUGGUGCUACUAUUCUGAGUAUGAUGGAUGUGGAGCAUCAAGUUGCCAAACUAAUGGUGGAGCUUUCUAAGUCUCAGGAUGAUGAAAUUGGUGAUGGUACCACAGGUGUAGUUGUUCUUGCUGGUGCCUUGUUGGAACAAGCUGAACAGUUAUUGGACCGUGGUAUUCACCCAAUACGCAUAGCUGAUGGUUAUGAGCUGGCUGCUCGCACUGCUAUUGAACAACUGGACAAGAUCAGUGAAAGUUUUCCUGUAGAUCCAAACAACAAAGAACCCCUUAUUCAAACCGCUAUGACGACACUUGGCUCUAAAGUUAUUAAUCGUUGCCAUAGACAAAUGGCAGAAAUAGCAGUAAAUGCUGUCUUAGCUGUUGCUGAUAUGGAGCGCAAGGAUGUAGACUUUGAGCUGAUGAAAGUGGAAGGUAAAGUGGGUGGAAAACUAGAGGACACACAGCUAAUUAGAGGAGUCGUGGUGGACAAAGAAUUCAGCCAUCCACAAAUGCCAAAGGUGGUAAAAGAUGCAAAGCUUGCAAUUUUGACAUGUCCAUUUGAACCACCAAAGCCCAAAACCAAGCAUAAGCUUGAUGUGACCUCAGUGGAAGAUUAUAAAGCCUUGCAAAAAUAUGAAAAGGAUAAAUUUGAGGAGAUGGUCAAACAGAUAAAAGACACUGGUGCUAAUUUGGCUAUUUGCCAGUGGGGAUUUGAUGAUGAAGCAAACCAUUUGCUUCUCCAGAAUAAGCUUCCUGCUAUCCGCUGGGUUGGUGGGCCUGAAAUUGAGUUGAUUGCUAUUGCCACCGGAGGGCGCAUUGUUCCUCGGUUUUCAGAACUUACACCUGAGAAACUGGGCAGCGCUGGUAUCGUCAAGGAAAUUUCUUUUGGAACUACUAAGGAUAAGAUGCUUGUGAUUGAAGAGUGCCAGAACUCUAGGGCAGUCACUAUUUUCAUCAGAGGUGGAAAUAAAAUGAUCAUCGAAGAAGCAAAAAGAGCACUUCAUGAUGCAUUGUGUGUAAUUCGCAACCUUGUGAAAGAUAAUCGCAUUGUAUAUGGUGGUGGUGCAGCAGAGAUUGCCUGUGCUUUAGCUGUCAAUGGAGCAGCAGAUAAGUGUCCUACUUUAGAACAGUAUGCUAUGAGAGCUUUUGCUGAUGCCCUGGAAGUCAUUCCAAUGUCACUGGCAGAAAACAGUGGUUAUAAUCCGAUCCAGACAAUGACAGAGGUUCGAGCUAGACAAGUGAAGGAGAACAAUUUUGCACUGGGUAUAGAUUGUUUACACAAAGAGACGAACGAUAUGAGAAAACAACAUGUCAUAGAGACUCUAAUUGGAAAGAAACAGCAGAUUUCUUUGGCUACCCAAGUCGUAAAAAUGAUAUUGAAAAUUGAUGAUAUUCGGUGCCCUGGAGAAAUGCAGGAAUAGACAUGCUAGUACUAUACUGACAGAGUGCUGGGAUAUACCGCAACUAGCAUUUUCUGUUCGGUUAUUUAUUUUUGCAUAAUACCAUAAACUACAUGUAUUUGUUUAAAAGAACUGAAUAAAAUCUUGUACAUCUCCUGGCUAAA